GUCAAGAAAAACAAAGACUGGUUCUUGGUUUUGUCUUGUCUGCACAGCAGCGCAGCUCGCUCUCUGCUUCAAACGCCUUUGCUUCUCUUAACUUUAUCUGUAGGACUGAGAGAAGUCUAACACGAACAGAAGAUGCUGUUUAGUGUGAAGAAGUUAUUCAGUGCUGCAAAACUAACAGUGACCAGCAGGCAGCGGCUGCGACAGUUUUGGUAUGGGUCACCAGCUCAAAUGAAUGUUCAUCUGAAAGGUCGUGACCUCCUUACUCUACAGAACUACACAGCAGAUGAGCUGAAGUAUUUGCUGUGGGUGGCUGCAGAUUUGAAGCAAAGGAUAAAGGGCAAAGGAGAGUAUUUGCCUUUGAUGCAAGGAAAAUCUUUGGCCAUGAUUUUUGAGAAGAGAAGCACAAGAACAAGAUUAUCUGCAGAAACAGGAUUUGCUCUACUUGGAGGACAUCCUGCCUUCCUUACAACACAAGACAUACAUCUGGGCACUAAUGAGAGUCUCACAGAUACAGCAAGGGUGCUUUCCAGCAUGACAAAUGCAAUCUUGGCUCGAGUUUACAAGCAUAACGAUCUGCGCCUAAUGACAAAACAAGCCACUAUCCCAAUAAUCAAUGGAUUGUCCGAUUUACACCAUCCUCUCCAGAUUUUAGCCGAUUACCUAACUCUUCAGGAGCACUAUGGGGGGCUGAACGGGCUCACAAUCACCUGGAUUGGGGAUGGAAACAACGUUCUCCACUCCAUCAUGACAAGUGCUGCGAAGCUGGGAAUUCACCUGCGUAUUGCAACUCCCAAGGGCUUUGAACCAGAUCUCAAGAUAACUAAAAUAACUGAGCAGUUCUCCAGUGAGUAUGGUACCAAGUUACUUCUCACAACAGAUCCUUUGGAGGCUGCAGAUGGUGCCAAUGUUUUAGUUACAGACACAUGGAUAAGUAUGGGUCAAGAAGAGGAAAAGAAAGAAAGACUAAAGGCAUUUCAAGGUUAUCAGAUCACAAUGCAGACUGCAAAAUCUGCUGCUUCCAACUGGACUUUUUUACAUUGUUUACCCAGAAAACCUGAAGAAGUUGAUGAUGAAGUAUUUUAUUCUCCACGGUCAUUGGUUUUCCAGGAGGCUGAAAACAGAAAAUGGACAAUUAUGGCUGUCAUGGUUUCCCUGCUGACAGAUUACUCACCACAGCUACAAAAGCCUACAUUUUGAUGCUUGGAUUCAUGCCAAGAGAAAGAAUUCCUCAUUGGCAGAAUAUUCUGGUCUGCAAAUACAUUGAUCUUCUUCAGAAAGGAUCAAAGCAAUGAAUGCUUCUUUAAUAAAACUGUCCAGUUAGCUGUAUAAUAUUGCAUUACAUCUGUGACAACGUUCAAGACAAUAAAUACCAUUGCAAAAGCUGCUCUUCA